UAGGGGAUGACAAGACCCAACGCUUUUUUGAUUAGACGGUCACCGACCUCCCUUUCUUCCUCACUCUUGAGCCAACUGAUCGUUUUUCGGCGUCUCGUCGCCACCGCUCCUCUGCACAUUUCGAUGUGAUGGAGACGGGGUACGACUUCAUUCUCGGCACCCCGUGGUCUCGUCGGUUCCGCAGCACCGAGGCCGAUUGGGCGACGAACACUCUCGUUCUCAAAACGAAGUGUGGACAGACGUAUCGCGUACCUUUCAUAGGUACCACCGCGACACCACGCCCCGAUCCUCCUCCCCCGGAGCCUUCCGUGCCCACACCACCUCCUUCUAUCACUGUCACCUCGCCUCGACAGUUCGCCCACUUCAUCCGACAGGACGACGUCACCUUCUUUAUGGUGAACGUGACGGAUCUCUUACACUAUGAUCCACCAUGUCCCGACGUCGAGCUCAUCCCUCUGGAGCCAGAUCCUCCUUCUAUCUCCAUGGCUCCCAUCUCUACUUCCGUCCCUCCGCCGUCCGUCGAGUCCACCCCGCCGUCGCAUGCGGACGUUGACGCCGAGGAACUCACACGAUAUACGGCUGACCUGGAGCCCGCAGUUCGUGACCUCAUCCGAGAGUACCACGACGUUUUUCCAUCGUCGUUCUUGUACGCCGGCAUCCCACCGAUGCGUGACGUCGAACACUCCAUUCAGCUUGUGCCUGACUAUCGUGUUCACCACCAGGCACCCUACAGACUCUCGAUCCCCGAGGCCACCGAACUCAAGCGUCAGCUUGAGGAGCUCCUGAGACUGGGUUUCAUUAAACCCAGCAACUCCCCGUGGGGUACACCCGUCCUCUUUGCUCGCAAAGCGGAUGGAACUCUCCGUCCUUGCAUCGACUAUCGCGGUCUCAACCGCUACACGGUUAAGAAAAGCUACCUUAUGCCUCGUUCCGAUGAGCUGUUCGACCGCCUAACAGGCAACCGUUUCUUUACGAAGAUUGAUCUUCGUAGCGGUUACCAUCAGAUCCGCGUCGCUGCAGCCGACCAGCCACAUGGCUUCUACGCCAAGCUGAGCAAGUGCCGCUUUGCCCAGCACAAAGUGGAUUUCUUAGGACACUACGUGUCUGACCAGAGUCUCCACAUGGACGACGCGAAGAUCACUGCUAUUGCAGAGUGGCCCGCUCCCACAUCCGCCAAGCAGCUUCGCAGCUUCCUAGGCCUGACCAGCUACUAUAAUAAUUUCAUCCGGGGAUACGCUAGGUGUUCCUACGUCCUUACCUCCACCCUCCUUCGGAAGAACCCACCCUGGGCUCGGACACCCCUCCACGAGGACGCCUUCCGCGCCCUCAAGAAGGCGGUGACAUGCGCACCGGUUCUUCACCUACCCGAUUUUGAYCGCCCUUUUAUCCUUACCACCGAUGCGUCAGACUUYGCUGUAGGAGCAGUGCKUUCUCAGGUCUUCCCCUCCUCUYCUGAUUCCUCUCAUCCYCGUAUCCCUCGCUUCCCACCACCUACCCCUACCACUGCUUCCCGACUGACGCCUACUCGUCCAGCUACUGACGAGCCUUCUAUUGACUAUUCUCCCACCAUCGCCGAGGACGGCACUGUCGAGUCUCGCUCAUGUGACUGUCCGAUAGCCUUCUACUCCCGUCAGCUCCUGCCCGCCGAGAUAAACUACACUGCUGAUGAACGUGAGGUUCUCGCAGUAGUUUAUGCCGCUCGGCACUGGCGUCACUACCUGCACGGGGCACCGUUCACGGUGCGUACGGACAACUCUGUUGUCCAAGCUUUUCUGACAAAACCGAAGCUCACUCCUCGACAGGCUCGCUGGUCACGGUGGCGCGACCUAUCCGAGUUUAGUUUCACCACUGAGCACAUCAAGGGUGAAAAUAAUCGGGUCGCAGAUGCCUUAUCCCGUCGCCCUGACCACGACAAGGAGCAGAUCCAGCUCUCUUCCAUCUCAGUCACCACCGUCCACCACUCGGUGAUCGACGAGUUUCGCACUCAGUACCGCCACUACCCCGACUAUCGCAACAUCUACGCGACCCUUCGGAGUGGCAAGACCGUCCCGAACUACUCUCUCGGGGACAACGGUCUUGUGUACUGGCACGGUUCACAGGGCACCAGAGAGCCCCGUAUUUGUGUUCCCUCCACUGGACAGCUACGUGUCCGAGCAGUAGCAGAGUUCCAUGACCAGGCAGCCGCCGGUCAUAUGGGAUUCCACAAGACGUUGGCUCGUGUGAGCCGCCUGUACGUCUGGCCGAAGCGCAAGGACUUUGUGAACGACUACGUCGGAGAGUGUCCCACCUGUCAGGAGGUGAACAGUGCGAACCACCUUCCUUAUGGGUUGCUCCAGCCUCUUCCUAUCCCUGAGGGUCGUUGGCAGUCCAUCUCGAUGGACUUUAUCGGUCAUCUUCGUCCUCCGACCCCCCGCGGUCAUGAUGCUAUCCUGGUCGUCGUCGACCGCUUCACGAAGCGUGCACGCUUUGUUCCGUGCCGCUAUGCCAUCAGUGCACGUGAGGUUGCCGACAUCGUGUUUGAUCGAGUCGUGCGUGACCACGACUUACCUCUGAGCAUCAUAUCUGACUGUGACCCGCGCUUUACCAGCCGAUUCUGGCGACGGCUCCACGAGGUAUAUGACACUCACCUCCGCUCCACGAGAUCACGAACAGGACUCUCGGAGAUAUGCUCCGAAAGAUUGUUCGUGACGACCAGCAGUGGGACCUCCAUCUUGCCCACGCGGAGAUAGCCUACAACCACGCCGUCUCGCCAGCCACGGGGAUGUCGCCUUACUAUUGCGACCUCGGCUACCACCCUCGUGUUCCCGCGGACUUCCUCCGACCGUC